AUGAAGCCGCAAAAGCUCCACGGGCGAGCCUUCUAUGAGAGCAUAGGCUCUCCCAAAUACGUGGUCGCCCCGAUGGUAGACCAGUCCGAAUUCGCAUGGCGAAUGCUCACUCGGUCGUUCCUCCCACCCGAGCUUCGAACGUCAAUACUCGCCUACUCGCCUAUGUUCCAUGCAAAGCUCUUCGCAGACGGCCCCAAAUACCGAACAGCCCACUUCGAACCUUUGAAGCCACCACUUGCUAUCCCUCAGCCGGCAGACGAUGAACAGCAGAAAUCAUUCAAGGAAGAAGACGCCUACCUUGACGGCAAUCCCAAAUUCGAUCGACCGCUCUUCGUCCAGUUCUGCGCGAACGAACCCGAUGUGCUAUUAGAGGCAGCGAAGUUGGUGCAGCCAUACUGCGACGCAGUAGAUCUGAAUUUAGGAUGUCCACAAGGGAUUGCGAAGCGUGGACACUACGGUGCUUUCCUACAAGAGGAUUGGGAUACGAUUCACAAACUCAUCAACACACUACACAAAGGGCUGGACAUACCUGUGACUGCAAAGAUGCGAGUACUAGAGACCAGGGAAAAAACUCUCGAAUAUGCGAAGAUGAUUUUGAAUGCCGGAGCAAGUAUCAUCACGGUACAUGGACGGCAGAGAGAGCAGAAAGGACACAACACUGGUCUGGCGGAUUGGAAGACCCUGAAAUAUUUGCGCGAGCAACUACCCCCAGAAACAGUCAUGUUCGCCAAUGGCAAUAUCCUGCAGCAUGGAGAUCUCCAGAAAUGUCUUGACGCAACAACAGCAGAUGCGGUGAUGACUGCAGAAGGGAAUCUCUACGAUCCUGCUAUCUUCUCUUCAGGACCGCCACCUGGCCAAGAAGGACGUGAAUACUGGCGAGGCAGGGACGGCAAGGGAGGCUAUCGUGCAGAUGCUGUGCUCCGCAGGUAUCUGGAUAUUAUACACCAGUACGUCUUGGGCCAAGAUCCACCAGAGAGACAGCCAUUGUUCCUUCCUUCAGACGGUUCAGAUGCUCCUGUUGAAGCAGAAGCACAAGCCGAAUCAUUUCCCGUCGAACCACCUCAAGAAACCGAAACGCCCUCAGAAGACGGUCCUCCGCCUAAAAAGAAGCAAAAGCGCGCAGGGAACAAGAAGGAUAAGACGCAGGAAAAGCCUGUCAAACACGAGAAGUGUACGAAUCCGAACAUGACGGCUAUGCAACCGCACUGCUUCCAUAUUCUGCGCUCGCUUGUCAGCACACAUCACGAAGUUCGAGACGCUCUAGCGCGAUCGCGAGCAGGAGAUAUCGAUGCGUACGAGAAUGUGCUAACCUUGACUGAGAAAGCGGUGAAAACUGGAUUGCUGGAUUACGAGAAAGAUCCGUCGAAGUACGAGUAUCCAGAUCCUGCGGAGGGCGAAGAAGUGGCCGAUCCAGAGCUUUCCAGCACGGAGGCAGUGCGUCGCUGCCAAAGACCUUACUGGAUCGUCCAGCCUCAUGUUCGCCCACUUCCUAAAGAGGCAAUUGAAAAGGGCAGCAUGCAGCUCAGCAAGAAAGCAAAGGCUAAGCUGGAAGCAGAAAAAGAAGAGAAGCAAAAGGCUGGCGUGGCCCCAGAGGGCAAGGUCGAGAGCAUCAAUGUUUCACACGUCAAUGGUAGAGACGAGAGCACGGCAGAGAUACCCAAGGAAGGUGUAGUAUGCGGCUAG